AUGACUUUGAGAAAGCUGGUCCUGGAAGACGUCGACACCAAAUCAGUGAGCAUCAAUUGGGCCAAUCUGCUCGGAUUCACCGCGACUCACGUUAAUCUGGAUCGUGUUCAGAUUCGAGGUUUGAAGUUCAAAGGUGACGUAGACAACGAGCUGGACCUCAGUGCAGGCGACGAGCACGCAGUUGACCGUUCACCCGCUCACUGGAUGGAAAAUUUGAGAACUGUGAAAACGACAAUCAAUGCUGUAAUCCAGCCGCGAGGACCGGGUGCUGCGAUCGUCUCCCACGUAGCCUUGAGCUUGUGGUGA